GAAACCAAUCUGCAAUUGAAAUUUUGUAUAGACAUUCAUCGGCCAGUAAUGCAUGAUUGAUUAGACAAUCUGGCAGAUUUUGGAGAUUGGAAUGUACUUGGAAGUACGUACUAAAUGAAAAUUGAAAACAAAGAAUUCUUUAAAUUAGGCAGUAGUGGUACAUUUUCGAUUUAAACUUAGUUGGAAAGUAGACCUCUUGGAUUGUUUACUAAUAUGUAUUUUUCCAUUAUUCCUUAAUUGCGAUAACACAACUGUUUAACUAUGUAAAUAACACUUUUGAUACAUGGGACAAAUUUGUGUAUAUAAAGAAAAAGCAAACGUGCAUAACAUAGAUAUUGCAAUGAACAACUACAAUAAAUGUUAUAUAUAUGGAAGAGGCUUCAAAACCCUGGAAUGCCAAAAUAUCUCCCAAAUUUAUACCUAUAACUAUCUAUGACAGAAUAUACAAUAUCAUACUUUUGACUCCACCAAUUCAACCUGUGCAACACAAGGCGUGAACUGUAUUUCCUUUCGAAUGGUGAGAUUUUGCAAGGUCAAAGAUAUUAGUCCACUUUUCUCUUUGCUUCGUAAAAGGAUCUAGUAGUUGAGAUCCAAAGAUAUGUAAUUAUCAGGGAGUUUCUCCUGCUAUGUGGUUCCAGUUUCUGAUAGAGAAAUUGGCAGCCAACAAUGGAGGGUCUUAGCUCACGUGAUGAUAGAUUUCCCCCGACUUGAAUAUUUGAUUCAAACUAAAACACCAAAUGCCCUGGUCCAUUUACACAAAACUCCUUCCACAGAUAUGAUUAAUAGGAAAAUAACAAUUCUAAGUGGGGGCACAGCAACCAAUGAGCUCGUCUCCUUAUUCAAAAACCUUUGUCCUAAUGAUAUAAGCUAUAUCCUCCCCAUUCUGGAUAAUGGAGGUUCCACAUCUGAAAUCAUUCGGAUAAUAGGAGGACCAGCAAUUGGAGAUAUUCGAUCACGACUUACUCGAUUGAUUCCACCACAUCAAGAACCAUUACGUCGAUUACUAGGUUUCAGACUUAGUUCUGAACCGAAAAUAGCCAAGAUUCAAUGGAAUGAAAUUGUGGAUGGGUCACAUGAGUUAUGGAUUGAUAUUAAUCCAGCCACACGAGAGAUAUUCCGGGCAUUCUUUAUCCACCUUCAUGUUGAGUUAUUGAAACGGUCAAAAUUACAUUCUAGCAAGAAGCAAUUUCGGUACGAAUUAGCUAAUGUAGGGAAUUUGUUUCUUACUGGAGCCAGAUUGUUUAUUGGAUCAUUGGAUUCGGCCAUUGAAUUGUUUUGCAAAUUGGCUGACAUUGAUAGAGAAGUUCAAGUGAUGCCAUGCAUUAAUACAAAUUUCACCUAUCAUAUAAGUGCAUUAUUGGAGAAUGGGUUGAUUAUUACUGGUCAAUCACAAAUUUCCCAUCCGUCAGAGACUCAUGUUCAUCCUCAUAAAAAGGAAGACAAUUAUCCACCACCUAUUGAUCAUACGAGACCCUCUACACCAUCCGAAAAUGCUUUGAUGACUAGCUAUUUUGGCACUCCCCUGUUGGGUAAUGUUAAACGAGAAAUCCCCAUCAAUGAAGUGGCAACAGCUAAUCAGUACAUUUGUACUUCAGAAGAAGAGGAGGAAGACCAAGAAGAUGAAGAGUCAGGGAAUGUUCCACAAUAUACUCAUCCUGAAUUGAAAAAGUCCCAAUUGCAUUUCAACAAGUCGGAAAAUAUUCAACCAUUGUUGUCUCCUAUCAAGAGGAUCUUUUAUAUUAGUCCUUAUGGCGAAGAAAUCCGACCAACUGCUGAUUCCAAGGUUGUCUCAACAAUUACCAACAGUGACACCGUGAUCUACUCAAUAGGCUCAUUGAUGACUAGCAUUGUACCUAUCAUCAUCUUGAAAGGAAUUGGAAAAGCCAUAGCUACUGAAUUGCCAGGAAAACAUAAGAAAAGGAUACUUUUAUUGAAUGGAUGUUUAGAUCGAGAAACAUAUGGGAUGUCUGCAGUUGAUUUCAUCAAGGUUAUAAUUCAACUGGCAUUAUAUUCUCAAGGUUCUACAUCGAAUUAUCAACAAGUGGAAUGGAAUAAAUAUAUUACACAUUUAGUAUAUAUGAAAGAAGGGCAGAUCCAUGUUGAUGCCAAGUAUUUGCAAGAUAAGGGUAUAAAUUGUGUUGAAGUUCAAAGAAUCCCCGACACCAAUUAUUUUCAUCUUGAUGAAUUACAACUGGUAUUAAAUCGAAUUAUUUAGUCGUACCAGAUCUUGAUCAAUUCUUCACUGACUGCGGAUGGGGUUAAUACACCCAAAUCAGUAAUUAAUGCAGUGAUGUAAGAACUUGGAGUGAAAUCAACAAAGUGUGAUUUCAAAUCGUUGGUGGUUUCUUCUUGUUCGUUGGCUUUGGCAAUUAAAUGGUUCAUUUUGUUUGGUAAAUCAUCAGGAGCCAAUGGGAACAAUCUGACGAAUUUAUGUGAUUCGGUGACAACAUAGAAUGGCUUGUUAUUCACCUUGGCCAAACAUCCAAUUUGGUAGGAACCAAUAUGAUUUAUUAUACCACCACUUUCGGCAACCCCUUCAGCACCAACUAAGAUCUUGUCUACUUUAUGAAUAACAUACCCAACUGCAUUAUCGACAAUCACAUCAACAGGUAUAUCGGCCUGUCUCAACUUUUCUGCCAUGUAGUACCCACUUCCAGUAGGUCUUGAUUCAGUAACCAACACCUUGAAUCUGAUUAGUUUUUCCUUCUUAGCCUUGACUAAUAAGUUAUAGACAACUCUCGAGUAACUGUGGACUAACACAGUAUCGUCAUCUUUAAUAAAACUAACCCCGAAUUCCGCCAGUUUCUCACGAGAUUCCUUAGCUCUUAAUACAAACAAUUGUCCAUUUUCUACUAGAUUCUGGGAGAAACUUUCCCAGUCCGAGUAUAUAUUGGUGUUACGCAACACGAAUCGCAUAAACAAGUCACACCCAGCUGAAAGGGAGAUGUUGUUUGGGAUGGACGAUUUCAAUUUAUCGAUAUUGGAUUGGAUUAAACUGAUGAGCUCAGAAGAUGUAGAUGGUUGUUUGAUGCUUAACAUGGAAACCAACGACUCGAUAGCCGCAAUCGGCAUGGUCAUGUCCUUAUCUUCUUCUAGGAACUUCAAAUAUGUCUGUGUUAUAUCGAAUUCGGUCAUAUUUAUCUGCUAUGAAUCAGCAACAAAGU